CCAAAGCGUCCAGACCAGACCCGCAGAGCGAUAUAAAAUGCUCGCUCGUUGGCCUCUCCGGCCCUCGAUCGUCCCCGAUCUUGGACUCGCCCCCAAAUCUUUCUCUCCGCAAUUGCCGAGGGCUCCGAAAGAAGGGGCUUCGUCUCUCUGGCAGUCAAAGAUCUGGUGGGAGAAUGGGUUUUGCGUCGAGAUCCGGGGCCAAGAUGGUCUUUUUCUGGAGAUUCAGGCUCUGGAUCUUGUUGUCCUUACUGGUUCUCCCGUCCGGAGAAGGGUUUUACCUCCCUGGGAGCUACCCGCACAAGUACUUGGUGGGAGACACCCUGUCGGUGAAGGUGAACUCUCUCACCUCCAUCGACACCGAGAUCCCCUACGGCUACUACAGCCUCCCCUUCUGCAAGCCCCAAGAAGGCAUCAAGGACAGCGCCGAGAACCUCGGCGAGCUCCUCAUGGGGGACCGCAUCGAGAACUCCCCCUACCGCUUCAAGAUGUUCACCAACGAGUCCGACGUCCUCCUCUGCCGAGCCAAUCCUUUGUCCACCCAAGAUUUCAAUCUCCUCAAGAAGAGGAUUGAUGAGAUGUAUCAGGUCAAUCUGAUUCUUGAUAACCUCCCGGCGAUCCGGUACACCAAGAAAGGUGAAUACUUCCUCCGGUGGACUGGGUACCCGGUGGGGAUCCGGGCCGGCGACACCUACUAUGUGUUCAACCACCUAAGGCUCAAAGUCUUGGUGCACAAGUACGAGGAAACCAAUGUGGCGAAGGUGAUGGGCACCGGGGACGCCUCUGAUGCGAUCCCAAGCUUGGACAAGUCUGGUUCCGGCCCUGGAUGGAUGGUGGUAGGGUUUGAAGUCGUCCCUUGUAGUUUCCAGCAUGACUCUGAGUCUAUCAAGAAUCUAAAGAUGUACGAUAAGUAUCCGGCAAAGAUUCAGUGCGAUCCGACAACGGUGGGCAUGGCGAUUAAAGAAAACCAGCCUGUUGUUUUCACCUAUGAGGUCUCGUUCGUGGAGAGUGAUAUCAAGUGGCCGUCUCGAUGGGAUGCUUACUUGAAGAUGGAGGGAGCCAAGGUUCACUGGUUCUCGAUCCUCAAUUCGCUCAUGGUCAUUGCCUUCCUAGCUGGAAUUGUUCUCGUUAUCUUCUUGAGGACCGUCCGGAGGGAUUUGACCCGAUAUGAGGAGCUUGACAAGGAGGCUCAGGCGCAGAUGAACGAGGAACUCUCAGGAUGGAAGCUUGUGGUAGGGGAUGUUUUCAGGGCACCGAGCCAUCCGCAAUUGCUCUGUGUGAUGGUGGGAGAUGGAGUUCAGAUUCUUGGCAUGGCGGUGGUGACCAUCUUGUUCGCCGCGCUAGGGUUCAUGUCCCCUGCUUCUCGAGGUACUCUCAUCACUGGUAUGCUGUUCUUCUACAUGGUUCUUGGAAUUGUUGCUGGGUAUGUUGCUGUUAGGAUUUGGAAGACUAUCAGAUGUGGGGAUCAUUCUGGAUGGGUUUCAGUUUCGUGGCGUGUUGCUUGCUUCUUUCCUGGUAUUGCCUUCUUGAUCCUGACCAUGCUAAACUUCCUCUUGUGGGGUAGUCAUAGCACGGGGGCCAUCCCUCUCUCUCUGUUCAUCGUGCUGCUCUUGCUUUGGUUCUGCAUCUCGGUCCCUCUUACCCUCGUGGGUGGAUUCCUCGGUGCCAAAGCUCCCCACAUUGAGUACCCUGUGAGAACUAAUCAGAUCCCACGCGAGAUUCCUCCACAGAAAUACCCGUCAUGGUUGUUGGUUCUGGGAGCUGGGACCCUGCCGUUUGGCACCCUUUUCAUUGAACUCUUCUUCAUAAUGUCUAGCAUUUGGAUGGGUCGUGUCUACUAUGUCUUCGGCUUUCUCUUUAUUGUGUUGAUUCUUCUUGUGGUUGUGUGUGCCGAGGUUUCACUGGUUCUCACUUACAUGCAUCUCUGUGUGGAGGAUUGGAAGUGGUGGUGGAAAGCCUUCUUCUCAUCGGGAUCAGUGGCUAUAUAUAUUUUCUUAUACUCGGUAAACUAUCUUGUGUUUGAUCUUAAGAGUUUGAGUGGGCCCGUAUCUGCCACUCUCUACCUUGGUUACUCGCUCUUCAUGGUUAUUGCUAUCAUGCUUGCAACCGGCACCAUUGGAUUCAUUUCUUCAUUCUGGUUCGUGCAUUAUCUAUUCUCCUCGGUGAAACUAGAUUGAGCUACUUCCACUGUUCCACGACAAGGUGCUUUCUUUUCCCCAAGACUACGACUGGAGACGUGAUGACAAAGUGAAAAAUAUGCUCUCCUUAAGAAUAGGUUUAUCAGUUUCUCUCAUCUUUAUUGGGCUGUUGUAGUUUUGGCACUCAGAAAAAAGAAUAUUAGAUUUUUGCUCUUAGGAUUCUUUAUUUUUCAUUAUAUCAGAGCAUAGCUUUCACUUUAUUCCGGACACUGUCAGAUGCAAUAGGAUGUACUUGUCAAGCUUCUUUCCCUGUCGUUUGUUUUUAGCUUGUUAAGCUCUGAGUGUGGUCCUGUUUAGUGCACUUUGUAUUGAGUGAUAAUUUGGGAAUACCUGUUUCACAUUUCUUAUUUACCUGUUUUUAUUUACUUGUUUGCACCGAGAUACAAAUUAGAAAUUUAGGAGUUCUGUUUUGCAACCAAGACAAUUAAUGAAAUCUAUGUG